AGCCAGCGGGGGUUCAAUGCAAAUGGGCGGCGUUUUAUCCUGGAUAAGGAAGACCCACCAUUCAAAGCCGUAUUUCCUAGUCUGUGGGUGCCGUGUCGACCGUAGCACCAUGGCUUUAAUGAUGUUCAACUGUAAAUACGUGUCAUGGCCGCGGUUUUCGGAGCAGUAAGGCUCGGCUGUUGGUGGUGAUCCGGCCUGCCGUCCAGAGUGCUGUCUGCAGCGGUAGUGUAGAUGCCUUGGCUGAGAUGAGUGUCAAGGCUUUUGAGCUAGUCCCCGCUGUGGAGCGAGACCUCCUUAUGGGCGACAAAGCUCGCAUCAACAUUGAGUGCAUUGAAUGCUGUGGAAAGCACUUGUAUGUGGGCACCAAUGACUGCUUCAUCCACCACUUUCUGCUGGACGAGGUCACCUCAUCCAAAGGGAAACUGAGCUACUCAGCACAGAAGCUGCUACACAAAUACCUGGGCCUCAAGAAACCAGUUGCUGAGCUGCGGGCUGCCUCUGCUUUGGAGCGUCUGAUAGUGCUUUGCGAUGGGAUUGUGUUCCUCGUGGACAUGGUGACAUUGGAGACUGUGCCCUCGGCGGCAGGAGGUGGAGCCAAGAUCAGAAGUGUGACGGCGUUCUGCAUUAACGAGAACCCGGUGAACGGCGAUCCCUUCUGUGUGGAAAUGUGCGUGCUCUCCUCCAAGCGCCGGACAGUACAGAUUUACAUGGUGUAUGAGGACAGAGUGCAGCUGGUCAAAGAGGUGACCACUCCCGAGCAGCCCUGCGCCGUCAGUCUGGAUGGUUACUUCCUGUGUCUGGCCCUCACUACGCAGUACAUGAUCCUUAACUACAACACCGGAGCCUCCCAGGAUCUCUUUCCGUACAACAGCGAGGAGAGGAGACCCAUUGUGAAGAGGAUCAGCAGGGAGGAGUUUCUCUUGGCAGCACCUGGUGGUCUGGGUAUGUUUGCCAAUGCAGAAGGGAUAUCCCAGCGGGCUCCAGUCAACUGGUCAGAGAGUGUCAUUGGUGCGGCUGUUUGUUUUCCGUACGUGGUGGCUUUGGAUGAGAGCUUCAUCACCAUCCACAGCAUGUUGGACCAACAGCUCAAACAGACCCUUUCAUUUAGGGAUGGACACAUUCUGCAAGACUUUGAAGGGAAGGUCAUUCUGGCUUCCACUAAGGCCGUGUAUGUCUUGGUUCCUUUGCCGCUGGAGAGGCAGAUUCAAGACUUACUGGCCGGUCACAGAGUGGAGGAGGCACUCAUCUUAACAGAGGGAGCACAGAGGAAUAUUCCCAAAGACAAGUUCCAGAUUUUGCACAAAAGAAUCCUCCAACAGGCGGGUUUCAUACAGUUUGGACAACUUCAGUUUUUGGAAGCGAAAGAACAUUUCAGGAAGGGUCAGCUGGAUGUGCGAGAGCUGAUAUCUCUCUACCCGUUGCUGCUGCCGGCUUCUUCCUCAUUCACACGAUGCCACCCUCCUCUGCAUGAGUUUGCAGAUCUCAACCAUCUGGCACAGGGUGACCAGGAAAAAGUGUUACGAUGCAAGAAAUUCCUUAUUAGUUAUUUAGGAGAGGUACGAAGCACAGAAGUGGUGAAUGGCUGCAGGGAGGACGUGGACACAGCACUGUUGAAGCUGUAUGCUGAACAGGAUCAUGACAGCCUUUUAGACCUCCUAGCUUCAGACAACGCCUGUGUGCUAGCAGAUAGCGUCCCAUGGCUGGAGAAAUAUCACAAAUAUUUUGCACUUGGACUGCUCUACCACUAUAACGGUCAGGAUUCAGCAGCAGUUCAGUUGUGGAUUCGUGUGGUAGAUGGGGACCUGCAGGACUCCACUAGAUCUGAUCUUUACGAGUACAUUGUGGAUUUUCUCUGCUUCUCCUCCAAUCUGGACCUUGUAUGGAAGUAUGCAGACUGGGCCUUGCAGAAGGAUCCCACCAUAGGUGUUCACGUCUUUACUAAGAGACCUGCCAGAAAAGAUCAGCCAGAAACAAACCCUGACGAUGUCAUCACUUACCUGGGAAAGCACGGCCAGGCACUGCUCCUCUACCUGGAACAUCUGGUGCUGGAGAGAAGGAUACAGAAGGAGAAGUUCCACACACACCUGGCUGUGAUGUACCUGGACAGGGUCUUAUCUUUGUUGUCGGAGUCGUCAACAGAUGAAGAGCAGCUGACCAAAGCUAGAGAGAGGCUCCAGGCCCUGCUCAGGGAGUCCAACUUUUACCGUGUACAGUUUCUUUUAGGUAAAAUGGAGAACUGUGAACAACUGCUGCUAGAGCGUGCAACACUACAUGGAAAACUGGAGGAGCAUGACAAAGCACUACACAUUUUAGUGCACAAAUUAAGAGACUUCUCGUCCGCUGAGGCCUUUUGCAUAUGGGCUUCUUCUUGUCGAGAUUCUGAAUACCGGCAGCAGCUAUUUCACCUGCUCUUAGGGGUGUAUCUAGAUGGGAGCCUUCCUGGAGAUGCUCAGACGGCAGCAGGAGGUGGCACUGGUGAGCUGGAGAUGGCGGCAGUGGACCUACUGAACCGGCACGGCGAGGUGUUUGAUGCAGUCCGUGUUCUGCGAAUGCUCCCUGAAGGCUGGUCACUGCAGCUGCUGCGGCCCUUUCUGGGUCGAGCCGUCAGGGCCAGUAUGCACGCCUGCCGUACCUCCCAGAUCGCUCUGGGGCUAGCCCACUCUGAAAACGUUCAGCUGCUGCACGACAGGCUGAAAGAGCGCAAGAAACCCAUCUUUGUGUCUGAAAAGAAGGGAUGCCACCUGUGCCACAACACCUUCAGUGAGCCGGCUGUGGUGUGUCUGCCAGGUGGAGUGCCUGUCCAUACUCACUGUGUCGCACAGAGAGUAAGAGACUCUCCCACAAAGAGACAGUUGACUAAUAGCAGUAACCAUACGUGAGACUUGACCCUUCAAACAGCCAUGUGAUCUGUGAUCAGAGGCACUGAAGUAAAAGCAGGACGCACUGAGAUUUUUGGAUGGCUGGGGACUGUGGGAAUAGCAAAAAAAGCACAGAACACCAAUUUCCAUGGUAGGAUCUGCUAUGGAGUUAACAAGAAAUACAGAGAAAGCUGGGCGAGUUUGUAUGUGUGCAAGGGAGGAACAGAGGAUUUCAGCUGUUUAUUCAUGUGCAGCAAUUGUACCACACUUUCAGACUUAAAGUUUCAGUUCAGCUCUUUGCCCGUCCUGUCUUCGCUCGUACAGUUUUGAAUCUGAAUUUGAGAGACCGCUUGAAACACAGAACACACAACAUUUGAAUCCUGUUGCAAAUAUUUUUUGAAGCAUGAAUAGUAUUACAGCUGUUAUGGUUGUGGUCUAAUCAACCCAUAUGGGUAUAUUAAUCCUGUCCUAACUUGCACAUUGCAGUGUUAGGGUUUAAUGUGAAAUACUACAAAGACUCAUCAGUACUGAUGGAAACGGAGUCUUUUAUGUAUGUCAUUUACAUUCUGUUCUGAUCUGGUCUCACUGCUGCUUUAUUUACCCUCAGCCAUAAGAGCAAUGAAUAGUGUAUCACAUUAUUUCAGUUGAUGACUUCCCAGCAACAAUUUGGUCCAAACCCACUAGAUUUUGAAUGUCCUGUUACCGUCUGUGGAGCCGUAUCCUUGUAAAACACUACAUGAAAUCUGACAUUGCUUCACUAAUCAUCAGUACGUGUAACUGAAGAUCUCAGAAUACAUUAAGGGCCAAUCAGACUGACCUUCUAAAACUUGCACAAAUUACAUGAUCUUUACUGAUGAAUUACACGGAUGGUUAAACGUGACAGCAAAUGUUAUGGCUGAGUGAGAAGCAGCAGCUCGUGAUGAAAUCAAGCUUCAUAAGUAUUGUCUGGCUUUGAGUAAAAUAAAUCGAGAGGGAUCUUCACUGCCCACAUGCUGUCAUAAAUCCAUUUUGUUUGUAUGAUCAGGGUAUAUCAAAAGAGAGUGCACUCCUGUGCAAAAAUCAAUAAAUGUUAAAUGAUUCAA